CGGAGGGGGCCCCGGGAGGAAGGGCCCGCCCCGCCAUCCCCUUCCCGGCCCCGCCGACGGCUACCUGCUCUUAGGGAUCGGAUCUCUGAGAAGAGAAAGACACCAUAGUUGGGAAAGAGCAUGACAUAGUGGACAGAGCACGGGCCUGGAAGACAGAAGUUUGUGGGUUCUAAUCCUGCCUCCACCGCUUGCCUGCCGCAAGACCUUGGAAAUGGACCAUAUUUUACAAGAUGUAGUACUGUAAUGCGGCUGAUGGGACAGGUUCAGUCAUGGCUUCAGAACUUUCUAAGACAAUCUCUGUGGCGAAGCUGGAAAGGCACAAGAAUCUGUUCUUAAAUUACAGGAACCUGCACCAGUUUCCUUUGGAAUUACUGAAAGAUGAGGGCCUGCAGUACUUGGAGAGACUCUAUAUGAAAAGAAACUCCUUAACAACCUUGCCAGAAAACCUUGCUCAGAAGCUUCCAAAUCUUGUGGAAUUGUACCUUCAUUCAAACAACAUAGUUGUUGUACCUGAAGCCAUUGGUUCUCUUGUAAAACUGCAAUGCCUGGACUUGAGUGACAAUGCUUUAGAAAUUGUUUGCCCAGAGAUUGGUCGUCUAAGGUCCUUACGUCAUCUUCGACUAGCUAAUAACCAACUGAAAUUCCUACCUCCGGAGGUUGGUGAUUUAAAGGAGCUCCAGACCCUGGAUAUUUCUAUGAAUCGUUUGCUAACCUUACCAGAGAGGCUCCAUCUGUGCCUUUCCCUGCAGUAUCUAACUGCAGACCGAAAUCACCUGUGGUGCGUCCCUCGCCAUCUCUGCCAACUUCCUAGCCUCAACGAACUCUCCAUGGCUGGAAACCGUCUUGCAUUUCUGCCACUUGAUUUGGGUCGAUCUCGAGAAUUGCAGUAUGUUUAUGUGGAUAACAACAUUCACCUGAAAGGCCUACCUUCUUACUUAUAUAAUAAAGUCAUUGGUUGCAGUGGCUGUGGCUCUCCCAUUCAAGUUUCAGAAGUGAAGCUGCUUUCCUUCUCGUCAGGGCAGUUAACUGUUUUCCUCCCCAUGGAGAUUAAGUCUAUAGGGGCAGAGACAGAUCAUGUCCUCCCUCUUCAGGAGUUAGCCAUGAGAAGUCUGCACAACACCUAUUAUGGGUUUCUCAAAGAUUUGAACUUCUUGUCUCCAAUCUCAUUACCCAAAAGUCUCUUGGAGCUGCUGCAUUGUCCUCUGGGACACUGUCACCGAUGUAGCCAACCUAUGUUUACUAUUGUCUACCCUAAGCUCUUUCCCUUGAGAGAGACUCCAAUGGCGGGGCUGCACCAGGGGAGGACAACUGUUAGUUUUGUGGCAUACUGCUGCUCCACCCAGUGUCUGCAGACUUUUGACCUACUGAGUUGAUAAACACUUAAAACUACUCAGGAGUGCUGCCAGCUUAUAUUUGAAUUAGACUGCAUUUCCCAUUGGAUACUGGAAUAUUGUUUAUGUGCCAAAGCAGCAGAAGUGCCCAGUCAGGAACACUAACAGGCACUUAAAUCCUGCCCUAUCAAAUUUGGAUGACUGCAGGAGUCUUUUGGAAAUGUAAUGAUCAAGCUUUAGAGCAAGAAUGCCUUCCCUCCUCCCACAGUUUGGAAUAUAAUCCAAAAAAUUUCAA